CAUAAACUUUCAUGCAUUUCAUUAUGACAAUUAUUGACUGAAAUGACAUUGACACUAACUGAUCUCACGUCAUUAACAUUUAGUUAUUUUUGCAUAAUUUGCAUCACACAAACACACACGCGCGCGUGUAAAAUGUUUAACUGUGGUCAUCUAUUCACUUAAAUGUUUCACUGCCAUUCCUUAAAAGAAUUCCCAGGAGAGUUUGAUGUAAUCUAUGUUACAUAUGCAUGCUUAUGUCAUUUUAUGAAAUUGUUCUUUUGUGGCGCUGCGUGUCUAUAAAUAAUAUGGAAAUGUUAGCUGAAGUUAAUGUUAGUGCAGUGUUGAAUACUGAGCAGUCAUUUCUGUUGUUUUGUCCUGAGCUCAGAUGAAUCAGAUAUUUGUGAUUUUGCUGAUUUGACCUCUGCAUCAGUUUUACAUUAACACCUUCAUCACCAGCUCACAAACAUCUCUUUUUUUCUCCAACAUUGAGUUUGAUUUCUGUUUCCUCAUUUGAAUUUAUUCUCAUCAAGAAUGUCAAUGACUGGUUCUAUUUAAAUAUAAUUUGUACUGAAUUAAUAAUAAAAGUAACUUUUGAUGGAAGCAGUACACACACUGUAACAUUAAAAUGUGUUUGGGCAGGUGAAUGAUUUAGUCUUGUUAAGUGAUCAUUUAAUUUUUUAAUCACAUCAUUUGAGUUUUUAAACAAUAAUAUAUAAUAACAGGUCAUUUGGCGAUGAUGAUUGAAGAGGAAUAAAUUGAUAUUAGAUGUAUCUGCGUGUGUAAAGUGGGAGGAGCGUGAUGAUGCUGAUGGUCCUGAUGCUGCAGGUCUAUAUAAGCAUCAGAGAGCAUCAGUUUGUCCAGUGUAUGAAGAUGUCUGAUUCUCUGCUGCCCGCGUGCGUCCUCUGCAUCCUCGUGUUCUCAACGCUCUCAUCCGCAUGCUACAUUCAAAACUGUCCACGUGGAGGAAAAAGAUCUCAACCAGAUCCCAUCAGACAGUGUAUGGCGUGUGGUCCCGGGAAUAAAGGCCGAUGUUUUGGUCCCAGUAUCUGCUGUGGAUCCGGUCUGGGUUGUCUGGUGGGUUCUCCGGAGACUCUGAUCUGUAUGGAGGAGAAUUAUCUGUCCAGUCCCUGUGAGACCGGCGGGAGUUCCUGUGGAUCUGAAGGUGGACGCUGCGCUGCUCCGGGCAUCUGCUGUGAUUCAGAGAGAUGUGUGAUGGAUUCAGAGUGUAUAGAUCAGAUCAGAUAUGAUGAAUCUAAUGGCAGCGAUACACUGAAGAAGUCUUCAUCAGACCUGCUGCUGGAUCUGUUGAAGUUGAUGUCACGAGGCUAAAGAUGAAGAUCAUCGUAUACAUCAUGCUGCACGACCCAUCGCUGUUUGCUGUCUGUAAAUAUGUAGUAAAUGAAAGUUCAGAUCAA